AUGGCAUACAUCUCCAUAGCCAUAGUUGGGGCCGGUCCGCGUGGAACAAGCUGCUUAGAACGUCUCUGCGCCUCUGCGGAAACAAUUCUUGAAGCAGGUGGAAAGCUUACUAUCCACAUCAUUGACCCAUACCCACCUGGCCCGGGCAAGGUAUGGCGAACCGAUCAGCCACCACGGCUUUUAAUGAACACGAUCGCCUCCCAGGUCAGUCUAUUCACAGAUGAAACCGUCAAAUGCGAAGGACCCAUCCGCCCCGGUCCAACCUUGCAUGAGUGGGCAGCGGGAGAGUGUUGGCUCAAUUGGGGUCCAAAUGACUACCCUACUCGAUUCGCGAAUGGCCGUUACCUUGAAUGGGUAUUUGGUGAGAUCUGCAGGAGAGCGGCUCGAGUUACAGGUGUCAACAUAACAAUCUUGAAGCAUAGCGCCAGUGCCACCAAGUUGGAGGAUGAUCCCCAUGAUGGCAGACAGACGCUUACGUUGAAUACUGGGAAAUACUUGGCUGGACUUUCUGCUGUUAUUUUGGCCCAAGGCCAUCUUCCAGCACGACUUGAAGAUGAAGAAACAUACCUUGCCAAUUUUGCCACUGCCAAUAAAGUCAGAGGACUGCGGUACAUGCCACCCAACAACCCGGUUGACAGCCACCUUGAUGACAUUGCUCCUGGUGAAGCUGUGCUUCUGCGCGGCCUCGGCCUGGACUUUUUCGACUACUUGAUUUUGUUGACCUCUCGAAGAGGUGGACGGUUUAAACCAGAAAUUAGCGGUUUUACUUAUUGUCCAUCGGGUAACGAGCCCAAGAUAUACGCCGGCUCACGUCGUGGCAUCCCCUAUCACGCCCGCGGUGAUAAUAAGAAGGUUCAAUCUACCCGUCAUCAGCCCGAAUUCCUAACUGAAAGCGUCAUCGAGGAUUUUAGAAACCGGGAUCGCAAUGAUCUUCCGAAAUUCAAUGAAGAAAUCUGGCCGCUCGUUUCCAGAGAGGUGAAAGCUGUCUACUACCGGACCCUCCUUACGUCCCGAGGCUUAAUCGAAACGGAAAAGUUGACAGAUUUUAUUCGCAACAGCCUGAGCCAUGAAGAUGAUAACCCAGAAGAGAUUGAAAAACUCGAAGACCUUGGCGUGCGCCGGGACGAUGUGUGGUCUUGGGAACGUCUCAAAAAGCCCCAAGGGGACCGCACCUUCAACACCUGGGAGGAAUGGCACCAGUGGGUUCUCGGCUAUUUGCAAAAGGACGUCGAUUAUGCAAAGGCUGGGAAUGUUCAAGGGCCACUGAAGGCGGCUCUGGAUGUUUUGCGGGAUAUCCGCAACGAAGUGCGCCUCAUUGUGGAUCAUCAUGGUGUGGAUGGUUCGUCGUAUAGAGAUGACUUAGUCAUGCGCUACACGCCCCUUAACUCGUUCUUCUCGGUCGGGCCCCCUCGUCGGCGCGUUGAGGAGAUGAUUGCUCUAAUGAAAGCCGGAGUUUUGCAAGUCCUCGGCCCAGAUCUCAAAGUGCGAUGCCAUGGCAACGACUGGUUUGCCGAGUCGGAAAACCCUAAGUGUUGUCAGAAGGUACAGACUGUUAUAGAGGCCCGUCUUCCGUUGCCAAACCUCAGAAAGACAGAGGAUCCGCUGCUGAAGAAUCUGCUUCAAGCAGGGCAAUGUCAACUGCACAAAAUUGACGGUUACGAAACUGGUGCCAUUGACAUCACCAACAGGCCAUAUCACAUCAAGGAUGUCACUGGUAAAGGUCAUCCAAGACGUUUCGCAAUUGGCGUUCCUACUGAGGGUGUACACUGGGUUACCACCGCUGGGGUUCGGCCGUGCGUAAAUUCUGUCAAUCUUACGGAUACCGAUGCGGUUGCGCGGGCUGCUCUGAAGUGUGCUGAUGCGGCUUCUACUGAUACGGCUCCUGUUGAUGCGGCUCCUGCUGUUGCGGCUCCUACUGAUGCGGCUUCUACUAAUGCGGCUCCUGCUGUUGCGACUCCUGCUGAUGCGGCUUCUGUUGAUGCGGCUUCUGCUGUUGCGGCUCCUGCUGUUGCGGCUCCUGCUGUUGCGGCUCCUGCUGUUGCGGCUCCUGCUGUUGCGGCUCCUGCUGUUGCGGCUUCUGUUGAUGCGGCUUCUGUUGAUGCGGCUUCUGCUGUUGCGGCUCCUGCUGAUGCGGCUCCUGUUGAUGCGGCUCCUGUUGAUGUGGUUUCUGCUCUUGAGGCUUUUGUUGAUGCGGUUUCUACUAAUGCGGCUUCUACUGAUACGGCUUCUGUUGAUGCGGUUUCUGGUGUUGCAUGA